GACUCCCUACUCUCAUCUUCUCUUCUCUUCCUUCUUCGUCUUCGUCUUCGUCUUCACUGCGUCCCUCUCCUCCUCCUUCUUUUUUCCGUUAAAAAAAUUGGUGCGUUUCCUGGCCAGGCUUCCGCGCGCUCUCUCUCUCUGUAUCCACCUCUGCCUGCUUUCCUGUUUCUUUUUGUUCCUUUCUUCCUCAUCUUCUGAGCUUCUCGGCGGGGCAAUCAGAUGGUGAACUGAAUUCGUGAAGGGAAUGAGCUUAAGGAGUGUGGCUGCUUUUUAAUUGCAUCUUUUCCUAAUUGGUAUCAAGAGGACACGUUUCAGCAAACGGGUCUGUGGUUGAGUGUUUGGAUUAAGGAUAAGGGGUGAUUUUUUUGGGCUGAAUCCUCUGUCAAAGAAUUACAUCUAUGAUUGGGAAAAUGGAGGCCCCCAAAUUUACCGGCCUUAUAGGGGGAAAUAAUCACAAUGAUAACAACUACUAUGAUUUGACGCAAGGGUUUUACCAUAAACUGGGCGAGGGUACGAACAUGUCCAUUGACAGUUUACAAACAAGCAAUGCUGGUGGUUCUGUGUCAAUGUCAGUGGAUAACAGCAGUGUGGGUUCCAAUGAUUCUCUAACCCACAUUUUAAGUCAUCCUGGCUUAAAACCUGUGAGCCACAACUACAGUGGAACAGUUGGCCAUAGUUUGAUUCGUCCAGGAAGGGUUGGCCAUGCACUGAAUGAUGAUGCUUUAGCUCAGGCGCUCAUGGAUCCUAGAUAUCCGACUGAAGGAUUGGCCAAUUACGAUGAAUGGACUAUUGAUCUGAGAAAACUCAACAUGGGUAUGGCAUUUGCUCAAGGUGCUUUUGGUAAGCUAUAUAGAGGGACAUAUAAUGGGGAAGAUGUUGCAAUCAAGAUAUUGGAGAGGCCAGAGAAUAGCCCAGAGAAGGCACAAGUGAUGGAACAGCAGUUUCAGCAAGAAGUCAUGAUGCUUGCAACCUUAAAGCAUCCCAACAUUGUCCGUUUUAUUGGCGGAUGCCGUAAGCCGUUGGUUUGGUGUAUUGUCACGGAGUAUGCCAAGGGUGGUUCGGUACGCCAGUUUCUGACUAGGAGGCAGAAUAGGGCAGUGCCACUGAAGUUGGCAGUUAAGCAGGCCUUGGAUGUUGCUAGGGGGAUGGCCUACGUGCACCAUCUUGGCUUCAUACAUCGUGAUCUUAAGUCAGAUAAUCUUCUCAUUGCAGCUGAUAGGUCUAUAAAAAUUGCUGAUUUUGGCGUUGCGAGGAUUGAGGUGCAGACUGAGGGGAUGACUCCAGAAACUGGAACAUACCGUUGGAUGGCACCGGAGAUGAUCCAGCAUCGUCCGUACACACAAAAGGUGGAUGUGUACAGCUUCGGCAUUGUGCUCUGGGAGCUGAUAACUGGAAUGCUUCCAUUCCAGAACAUGACAGCAGUGCAGGCAGCAUUUGCUGUGGUGAACAAAGGAGUGAGGCCUGUCAUACCAAACGACUGUCUGCCUGUGCUGAGUGAGAUCAUGACCCACUGCUGGGAUACAAACCCUGAGGUUCGUCCUCCAUUUGCCGACAUUGUCAGGAUGCUUGAAGAUGCAGAAACCGAGAUCAUGACCACAGUCCGCAAGGCGCGCUUCAGAUGUUGCAUGACCCAGCCCAUGACAAUUGACUGAACCCAGCAGGGUAUAAGACAGAUGGUAAAAAAGGAAGAAAAUGAGGGCACAACUGAAAAAGUGGGAGAGAAUCCAAAAAUGAAAAAAACAGAAAAGGAAAGGAAAGGAAGCAUAAAAAAGUGAAGCAGUAUGGAACUAUUUGAUGAAUGUGUAUGUAUCAGGUUUUUUCUUUUCUUUUGGGUUUAUUUCAGAUAGGGUGGGGGAGGAAGUUAACAAGCAUUUUAGACUGGGUAGGGUGGGUGCUUGCUUUUGGUGGUUCUGCUGAGAGAAUAGUAAGCAUGUGAUUGAUGGUGAUCAGAUCAUGGUGCCAUUGGGGGGCUUUGCUAGUUUGUUAGUAAUUUGUGGAAAACUAUAUGAUGCUUCUUUCCCUCGCUUCUAAAUAUUUGUAAUUGCGCCUUUGAAAACUCAGAAGACUCUUUGUCCUUUCUCUUUUGUUUCCAUUUUAACUCUUGCUUGUCGAUUGUUCUCUGUUUCCUCUACAUUUCAUAAAGACAAGUUUUAAGCUUUCACGUGAAACCUGAUGUUGACCCAAACACAGAAAAGCAUAUUCUGCAGCAUUCUCAUUACUUUUUCUCUUUGAAAAAUAUCAGCUCUUUUACGAAUGCAUUUGGUUUCCAGACUACAGUUUCGCACAACGUGUAUUCGGAUUAGGCAGUGAUCAUGGUUCCAAGCCCAUCUUCCGACAUGAUCUCGUGGAGGAGCGAGUGCUGAACUCUGCCGUCGAUGAUGCUCGCCGUGCUCACUCCCUGUUCUAUCGCCCUGACGCAGCAAUUCACCUUGGGGAUCAUCCCUCCGGCGACCUUCUUCUCCGCAAUCAGCUUCUUCACCCCUGCAAUGUCCGUCUCCUUCACCAAGCUGUUCGGAUCAUCGCGGUACUCCAGUAUUCCCGCCACGUCGGUGAGCAGGAUCAGCUUCUCAGCCCCAAGUGCGGCCGCCAGCUCGCCCGCCACCGUGUCGGCAUUGAUGUUGUACGACUGCCCAGCCUCGUCCGCCGCCACCGAGGCGAUCACCGGGAUAUGACCGUUGUUGAUGAGCGGGUGGAGCAUUGUCGGGUCGACCCGGUCCACGUCGCCCACGAAGCCCAAUUGGGCCGAGUUAGGGUUGGGCCGUGCCAUGAGGAGCCGCCCGUCCAUGCCAGAGAGUCCGACGGCGGUGCCGCCGGCUUUGUUCAUGAGGUUGACCAGAUCCUUGUUGACCUUCCCGACCAGAACCAUGGAGACGAUCUCCAUCGUCUCGGCGUCGGUGACGCGGAGCCCAUCGUGGAAGAGGGGCUCGAUGUUGAGCUGCUUGAGCCAGCGGUUGAUCUCGGGCCCGCCGCCGUGGACGAGGACGGGGCGGAGGCCGACGCAGGAGAGGAGGACGAGAUCGCUGACGACGGAAGCCUGCAGCUUCGGGUCUUUCAUGGCGGCGCCGCCGUACUUGACGACGAUUGUUUUGCCCCUGAAUCGCUGGAUGAAGGGGAGGGAUUCGGAGAGGAUCUCGACCCUGAACUGUUCGGGGGACUUAGCCUGCGAUGCGCCGUCGGAAGGGGAGGGAAAUGCGGCAGCGGAAGCUCUGAUGGUUAGUGAAGGCAGGCGCUUGGCCGAGGAAUGUGGUGUGUAAUUGAGUUUCGGGGAGUUGAGGAUUGAAGGAGUUAGGGAUUUGGCGACGGAAGAAAGAGGAGGUUUGAAGAAGGUUUUGGUAGCGGCCGCCAUUGGGGGUUUUGGUUGGUGAGUUGCUGCAAGGAGAUGAAACCGAGAGACUUGCUGAGCCUGAGUAGACGAGAAGUUCUCUAAUGUUAUAAA